UUUUUCUCUAAAAACUUCCCAGGCCACUAGAAUUCAAUUAUUCCCCCUUCAUCUAAAACAGAAUGACUAGCCAAGUUGCCCAAGUUGCAGGAUAUAAUCUCAACAAAACUACUUCUUUAACUCUAUCUGUACAAGAUGCUAUUACCCAUGCAACUAAUUCUGGUACUGCCUUGGAAAAUAUGUUGGAACUUUUAGAACCCAAACAAAUAGUUAAUAACGAGAUUGUCAAUGACUCAUAUCAAGAAUGUCUACAACUCAAGGAUUAUCUCUCUGAACAAUUGUGGAGUGAUACAGAAGCUGAUGGUGUGGUUGAAGUUCAAAAUGCACUUGAUAUUGUUACUCGAGCCAUUGUUAGUUAUGAAAUGAUGAAGGAUGCUGCAGAAGGCGAUUGGGAACUGGUGGAUGUUUGCAUUCCAAGUUUAUAGUUAUAUGAUCAUAUUCCCCCCCCUCUCUUUCUCUUAUAUAUCUAUGCAUUUUUAUUUCAAUAAAUGAAUAUAUAUCGAAAAAACGGCUUUCCUGCAUGGUUUUAGAUUCUUUGUCUUCUACUGCUUACAAAUAUUAUUUCUUUUUAAAC